AUGAAUUUAAGGUUCUUCAAAGCUAUUACAAAUGGAAUGUAUAACAAUAACAAUAACAAUGACAAUGAUAAUAACAAUGGCAAUAACAAUGACAAUAGCAAUGGCAAUAGCAAUGGCAAUAGCAAUGACAAUAGCAAUGACAAUGGCAAUAGCAAUGACAAUGAUAAUAACAAUGGCAAUAGCAAUGACAAUAGCAAUGACAAUGAUAAUAGCAAUGGCAAUGACAAUACCAAUGACAAUAGCAAUGACAAUGACAAUAGCAAUGGCAAUAGCAAUGACAAUAGCAAUGACAAUGACCAUGACAGUGACCAUGACAGUGACAAUGACAAUAGCAAUGGCAAUAGCAAUGNCAAUGACAAUAGCAAUGACAAUGAUAAUAGCAAUGGCAAUGACAAUACCAAUGACAAUAGCAAUGACAAUGACAAUGACAAUAGCAAUGGCAAUAGCAAUGACAAUAGCAAUGACAGUAGCAAUGACAAUGACCAUGACAGUGACCAUGACAGUGACCAUGACAGUGACAAUGACAAUAGCAAUGGAAAUAGCAAUGACAAUGACAAUGACAAUAGCAAUGGCAAUAGCAAUGACAAUAGCAAUGAUAAUAGCAAUGACAAUGACCAUGACAGUGACCAUGACAGUGACAAUGACAAUAGCAAUGGCAAUAGCAAUGGCAAUAGCAAUGACAAUAGCAAUGACAAUGGCAAUAGAAAUGACAAUGAUAAUAACAAUGGCAAUAGCAAUGACAAUAGCAAUGACAAUGAUAAUAGCAAUGGCAAUGACAAUGACAAUGACAAUAGCAACGACAAUGACAAUAGCAAUGACCAUGAUAAUAACAAUGGCAAUAGCAAUGACAAUAGCAAUGACAAUGACAGUGACAAUGACAAUAGCAAUGACAAUGACAAUGACAAUGACAAUGACAAUGACAAUGGUAAUACCAAUGGCAAUAGCAAUGACAAUAGCAAUGACAAUGACAAUAGCAGUGGAGAUAGCAAUGGCAAUAGCAUUAGCAAUAGCAAUAGCAAUGGCAAUGGGAAUGACAAUUACAAUGACAAUAGCAAUAAUAGUAAUAAUGAUGAUGAUGAUAAUAAUAAUAAUAAUAAAGGCUGA